AUGUCCCCAUCAAAUACCACGAUCCUGCUCGUCCCAGGCGCCUGGCACACAGCAGACUGCUAUACAGCCCUUGCCAAACCCCUCGAAUUCCACGGGUACAAGACCGAUCUCAUCAACCUCCCCUCCUGCGGGCACAACAAGCGCCUCCCGAACUUCAACGAAGAUGUCGCCGCCAUCCGCGACAGAAUCACCAAAGCCGCCAAUGCAGGCCAAGAUGUCGUCCUCGUAGGCCACUCCUACGGCAGCAUCCCCUCCAACGAAGCCUGCAAAGGCCUCCUGAAGAAGGACCUCGCCGCGCAGGGCAAGAAGGGAGGAGUCGUGCACUUCUUCUUCCUGGUUUCAUUUGUGAUUCCCGAAGGUGCGAGUCUCAUUGGUGCCUUUGGAGGGAAUCCGUUGCCCUGGUUCGUCAUCUCUGAAGAUGAAUUGGAAGUUAACCCUGCCACGCCUGAGACUAUCUUUUACAAUGAUCUCGAGAAGUCUGAGCAGGACCACUGGAUUGGACGAUUGAAGCCGCACAGUUAUCAGGUUAUGCAUACGCCUGUGACGUACGCGGCGUGGAAGGACCUGCCGUGUACUUAUCUUUACUGUAUGGAUGAUCAAGCCAUUCCGUUGGAGAUUCAGAAGAUGAUGGUGGAGGGGACGGCGCAAGGGUGUGGUUUUAGGACUGAGACUGUCGAGGCUGGGCACAGUCCGUUCUUGAGUAAGACCAAGGAGACGGCGGAGGCGAUUGUGAGAGCGGCUGAGGUGGGCGCUUAG